AUGAAUCUCGACGAGGACGAGUAUCUCGUCCAUGACGUCUAGUUCGAAGAGGACAUCAAAAAGGAAGAGGAGGAAACAUCACAAAGGCCUCCACCUGCUCAUGGCACUCAGCCUCCCCUCUAGGAGGAUCAACACGUGUGGCCUUUUUUGGUAUGGGAAGUCAAAGAGGCAAUCGACUCUGCAGAGCAUUUGCUGGACAUGA